GAGAGCGAGGCGCAUUCGCUCCGAUCGCUCCCGUCUCCCGGCAUCUAACUGAAAAGGGAGAAUUUUUACAGAACACCAGCAAGCAGACGAGGACGAGGACAACUGUGAGGAUUAUUUCCUGUAAAAACAUCACCUCGGCUUGUGGAUACUGUGCAUCUGUGGAGUGUGUGUGUGUGUGGGAGUGUGUGUUCCCUGUCCUGAAGUUAUACAGGAUGCGAGCGGGGGAUGAACAGAAUGUGGCGCGGCAGGAUCCUUCGAGGCAGGAACGCCAGCGCUGCUUCUAGCCACUGACGAGCGCGUCAGGACCGCUCUCUCUCUUUCCUCAUUUCUCUCUUUCUCUUUACCCCUCUCUGUCCUUUUUUCUCUUUCUGUCUCUCCUUCAUUUGAAUCCUCAGAGAACAUCACGGAAUACAGCAGACGGACAAGGGGAAAGAUUCAUCACACGAUCCUAAAGAGGACACGAAACGAGGAUUUAACCGAUAAGACACAAUCGAGAACGGAUCUCAGGCAGCUUGUCAGAAGACUUUGAGAUUUUUAGCCGGUGCGCUGCUCGCUUUUCAUCCUGGUUGUGGAUGUUGCGUGGAACCUCGGAAAAGCUUCUGCAGGGAACAGACGAGAACUCUCAUCCUCACGCUACAGCGACUGUGACAGCACAUUUUGUUCUUAUCUGACUCAAUAUCAUCUGGAGUACUUCUCAACCAACGUUGUGAGGAUCUGAGGAACGUACACCAGUUAAUUACAGCAGGAGAUUUAAACUGACAGUGAGGAAAAGUGAGAUUAUUGAUGAGCAGGAAACUUCGCCAUGGCUGAAAGGAAGAUCGUUUUUCUAUGUGAGCCGUGACAGAAUGGUGGACUGCCUGAGUCGAGUCAUGUUGCACACAGCUAUAUCUUGCUGGCAGCCAUUGCUGGGACUUGCCCUGGUGGCCGUCUUCUUAGGCUCUGCCCUUGCCUGCCCUUCCCGCUGUGAGUGCUCUGCCCAGAGUCGCUCCGUCAUCUGCCAUCGGAAACGUUACCCGGCCAUACCAGAUGGUAUUCCCAUUGAAACACGUGUUCUGGACCUCAGCAAGAACCGCAUCCAGGCCAUCAAUCCAGAUGACUUCUCUGUCUACCCACACAUUGAAGAGCUGGACCUGAGUGGCAAUAUCAUUGCCUAUGUAGAACCAGGUGCUUUCAACUUACUCUCUAGUUUACACACGCUCAGUUUGAAGAGCAACCGCAUCAAGCUCCUGUCGCUGGGCGUAUUCACUGGGCUUUCGAAUCUCACCACGCUCGACAUUAGUGACAAUAAGAUCGUCAUCCUGGUUGAUUACAUGUUCCAGGAUUUGCAUAAUCUCAAGUCAUUAGAUGUAGGGGACAAUGAGCUGGUGUAUAUCUCGCACCGAGCGUUCAAUGGCCUGAUUUCACUGGAGAGUCUAACACUGGAGCGCUGUAACCUGACCAUGGUGCCAACGGAUGCCCUGUCCCACCUUCACAACCUGGUGAGCUUGCAUAUGCGCUACCUCAGCAUCAGCACCCUCCAACCUUAUUCCUUCAAGAAACUAUUCCGCCUGCGCCACCUGGAGAUUGACAACUGGCCUUCACUGGAUGUUUUCCCAGCUAACACUUUACAUGGCCUCAACCUCACCACACUUUCUGUCACCAAUACCAAUCUGUCCACAUUCCCCUACCAAGCCCUGCGCCACAUGCCUUACCUCACACACCUGAACCUGUCCCACAGCCACAUCCGCGCUGUGGAAGGAGGUCUGCUGCAGGACCUGGUGCGUCUCCGUGAGCUGAGAUUAGCAGCAGCCCAGCUGGUGUCUGUGGAGCCCUAUGCCUUCCAGGGUCUACGUUGGCUCAGGCUACUUGACGUGUCCCAUAACAGGCUGGACACUUUGGAGAAGGGUGUGUUCCACUCUCCAGAGUCCCUGGAAGUAUUGCUCAUCCACGACAAUCCUCUCGUGUGUGACUGUCGGCUCAUGUGGCUGCUGCAGAAGCGGCACUCGAUCUCAUUUGGAGAAGACCAACCUGAAUGCAGUACGCCUGAGGGAAUCCGCGGGCGUCCUUUCAAGGAGUUCAAGGAAACCCUGUUGUCCUACUAUGUGACCUGCACCAAGCCCAAGAUCCGAGAGAACCGGACACAGCUGGUGUCAGUAGAGGAAGGGCAGCCUGCCCAGCUACACUGCAGUGCCGAGGGGACUCCUCGCCCCACCAUUUCCUGGGUCACACCACGCCGGAGACAUCUAACUAACAGGAGUCAUGGAAGAGUAAUGGUGCACAACAAUGGCUCACUCUAUAUCAAGGCAGUGGAGCUUCAAGAUGGCGGCGUGUAUGUAUGCGUGGCCUCCAACACAGCUGGAAAUGACACGCUCAUGGUGUCCUUGGCCGUCAAGAGUCUGGGCUCGCUCUAUGCUAAUAGGACCCAGUACUACAUCGAUCCUAACAGUACUACUGCCAACAGCACCAAUUCCCCCAACACAACCUUUGGCCUGGACCUAAAGACCAUCCUGGUUUCUACAGCCAUGGGUUGUUUCACAUUCCUUGGAGUCGUCCUAUUCUGUUUUCUGCUCCUGUUUGUAUGGAGUCGGGGCAAAGGAAAGCACAAAAACAACAUUGAUAUAGAGUAUGUGCCACGCUCCAAGUCCAACGGGGCCUCGCCUGAGGAAGCAGAACAGACCUCUGGCCCUCGCCGCUUUAACAUGAAAAUGAUUUAAGUGGAUUUAAUGGAAUACCAGUGGGAAUUUAUGCACACAGACCCAUUGAUGGGACCAGCCAUGUCAGGAUGUACACGUGCCCUCGACACAACACCCAUGCGGAUGUUUUCCUGAACUCUAAUGGGAGGAAAAUGCGGGAAAGUAUGUGUCAAUAAUGAACUAUUUUCAAUUUAUAUGAAUCCCUCUUAGUAAGAGGAUGCAUUCAAAGACACUUUUAAAAAAAAAAUUGUGUACAGGACAGAUUUGUAAAAUUCAAGUAUUACCCUUAUUUGUUGGCUCACAAAAUUUGGCCUUCUCACUUCUACAGCCCGACAAACCAUAAAACUGUUUCCCUCCUCCACUGCACCACAUAUAUGUACGUAAUACUUAAUUAUGUAUGUGUAUGUUAACAUGUAAGUCACUUUCUAUUAUUUGCAAUAUUCACAAGAUGCAAUGUCAGCCAAUUUUGCCAUUCCUCUCGCUGUCGGAGAACCCAUGGCCCACUCCUGAAACUGUUUGUGAACAAAGGACAAAGGGCUUGGGUGGCUUUCAAAUGUUAACCCGAAGAAUGUGUGUGCUGUUGAUCUAACCCCAAAUUAUACAGUAAUACUAUAUUUGUUUAUAAUAUUGAAAAAUGUUAAAAAUAUAUAGAAGACAUUAUUUAAAAAAAACCCAUUGAAUUCAAACUGCAUAAUACAAGGUGAAUAAGUGAAAAUUUCAAAGUAAUUUAAAAACGUGCACUGAGUUGCCUUUUUAUUUAUUCUAAUAAAUUCGCACCUCAGUGUAUAAACACAGUAUAUACACACACUGAGUCGACUGUUUAUUAGAUAUCCAGGAUCUAAAAAAUUGCCGACUCAGUGUAACGACUUUUUAAUCUACAUUUUUGCAUUUGUUUACGUAUGCACAUGGACUAAGUUUUCUGUCCUAAUUUUGUCUUUCUUUUGAUCUUAAUGCUAACCUGAUGACAAAGUCCAUGUCCUCAUCCACAAUGUAAUCAUCUGAAUUAUUUUUUUACUUUUAUUUUUAAUUAUUAUUUUUGUCCCCAAUUAACAAAAUUUGGGCUUUGUCGUGGUAGUUUCUCAUUUUGUUGUUGAAUCAUUUAGAUUGUAAAGAGUUCAAAAAAAAGAUGAAAAAAUACAUGUAUGUGGAAUAAAGAAUAUUGAUUUGUA